GGUCCUUUGGCCAUUUUGGAAUGCCAGUUGUCCCUCUUGUCCCUGUUGGGGAGUAAAUUGCGAAAGGCCCUAAUAUUCAGAUGGGUGGCGUGUAGACGUGGUUAUAUACCUGUAUUAUUUGUCCACUCUAAGAGGAAAAACGUAUCAAUAUUACACAGACCAACGGCGGAGGACGAGAAAAGAAUCCAACAUGGCGGACAAAUACGAGUUCAAAAAGUGCUCGUAUGUUUUCCGUGGAAACUUUGUUCAUUCUACCUCUCAAAAUGUGAUGGAAAUAAUGCAAGAUAAAUUAGUGGGAGUCAGUACAUCUGGAAAAAUUUUAUUCAUAGCGGAUGGGGGAUCAAACCAAGACCAUUUAGGAUUCCAGUAUGGAUUCACUUCAGAGGACAUAAUUUUCUUGACGCCCAGGCAGUUUAUCAUGCCAGGACUGAUUGAUACUCAUAUCCAUGCACCACAGUAUGCCUUCACUGGCACAGGCUAUGAUGGUUCUGUUGUUGAGUGGUUAAUGAAGUACACAUUCCCAAUAGAAGCGAAGUUUAAAGAUAUAAACCUUGCACGCAAUGUCUACAGGAAAGUAGUGAGGAGAUUACUGAAGAAUGGUACAACAACAGCAUCUUAUUUUGCUACAAAUCAUUACAAUGCUACUCUGGUUCUCUGUGAUAUUAUUGUGGAACUUGGCCAGCGGGGAUAUGUAGGAAUGCCAGAUAUUGAUAGUAGCACCCACGAUUAUCAUAAGUCAACUGAAUGUUGCGGUGAAGAAACAGAAAGGUUUAUCAAGCAUGUAAUUGACAUGAAUAAUCCUCUUUUAACCCCUGUUGUUACUCCAAGGGGAAUUGCUCGAUGUAGUAAAUCACUUCUGACUAUUCAUGGAGAGCUGGCAAAAAAGUAUGAUGUGCCUGUUCAGGGCCACUUGCGUGAAAUCGAGGAUGAGUUUGGUGGUUUUAAUUAUGAUGAGUUUGAAUCUGGAACUUCAAAUUUGGCCAAAAUGUACGAGGAGUGUGGGGUCAUGACAGACAAGACCUACUUUGCACACUGUGUUUAUGUUAGUGAGGAAGAGAUUGAUGUGUUGCUGUCCCAUGGAACAGGGGUAUCUCACUGCCCUGCCUCAAAUUUUGAGUAAGUUUCUACUAUGAACUCUGACUGUUCAAUGAAUACAUAUCCAUGAUUUAUUUUAAUAAUAAUUAAUAAUUAUAGUU